CUUUAUCGCGCGCCGUACAACGCUGCGUAUACGUAACGCCACUCGUUCCGAGCUCUGGCCUCCGUCCGAGUGACGCCGCCGUGCUCCGAUCGUUUUGGCCAUUCGCUUGCCUUCUGCCUCUGUCGUUUGCUCUUCGAUUUUUCCGCGCUUCUGUCGAAGAGAAAGGUGGAAAACUGUCCGUUGUCUGUGGUAGAAGUGACGCUCUCGCUCUCGGCCAUUGUGAAUUGCGGCCAGAAUUUCAAAUGUAACGGUAUUUCGUGGUGUGUUGAAACGGGAAAAACCGUGGGGAGAGUUUUCUAAAAAUCAGAGGCGAGGUUUUUAAUCGAAUCAAAUUAGUGGAAAUUGAAUUUUCGGAGCAGUAAGUGGUAAAAGGAAAAUAAAACUAAAAACUUAAAGCAGAACAACUUAUUGAGUGGAGCAGCAGAAUUUUUAUCGAAUAUAAAUCAACGAAAACAAAUAUUUUUCGCGUUUCGAAGGAGGACAAUAAGAAAACUGCAAGUGUGGCGAAAAUUGAUUCCAACAUAAAUAAAGGGCAGCCAAGCGUGGCCAGAUAAGGAUAGGAAGGCGAGCCAAAGGAUUUGCGACUGUGGCUGAAAGGGAAAAUCAAUAGUGGUCACUUGUAAGGGGACACCAUUCGAGCAGCAACUGACAAUAUGGUGGCUAUGCGAACCGGGACGGGGCAGACGACUUCGAGCCUCCAGUUGCUAUUGAGGAGCUUUUGAGCCAGCCAGAACUGCAGCCAUGUCGGACCGGUAUCCGGCCAGCUUCUACGAUCAGCAGCACCAUCCCCAUCAGCAUCUGGCCGCUCAUCCCGCCAUGUCGCACUAUCCGCCGCAGCCCUAUAGGUCCGGCUACACCGGCUACCAUCCGUACGCCGGCUACGGCUACAGCUCGUCCAUGUCCAGUGCCACGUACAUGCCCAACUACUACCGCUACGCUCCGUACGCCUCGCCGCACUAUAGCCAGCACCACCAGGGCAUGUUUACGCCCGCAGGCCAGCAGCUGAUCCCCUCCAGCGUGCUGCACUACCCCCGGUCGCAUCCGUACCAGCAGCAGCCGCAGCCACAUCAUCCGCCCGGCUACGAGCAGCCCGCUCCAUCGCCGUACAGUUCUUCCGCCUCGUACUCAAGCCGUGGCUUUGGUGGCUACACCGGACCCACACCCCACUAUGCUCCACCCGGGCGUUCCUCCACGCCGGCGCCCAACCGCACAGUGCUGCCUCCGAAUUACCUGGAGCCACUGCGCAGCUACACCGAUCAGCAGCAACACGCCAUUGCCCAGCAGCAACAUCUGCCACACCUACCGCUGGCAGCCACGCCGAAGCUCGAGGAUCCGGACAUCGAGGUGGAGGCAUCGGGAGCAGCAUCGCCGGCUCAUCGGCUGACCACGUCGCCGCCGAUGAUCAGUGCCACCGGAACGGACAGUGGGAUCAGUAACUGCAGCACCAGAGCCCGCAGCGACAGCAGUCAGAGCACACCUGUGUACAGUGGCGAGUAUCCGGUGAACAUGUCCGUGGAAUCCGCCUCCUGUGUGCCCUACCACUGCCCCGCCGACGGGCGGGACUUUGAGGAGGAGGAGCUUCAGCCGGCACCGGUGGCCGAGGCAGCGCUCCGGACGGACACUCCGCUCGAUAUUCCCGAUGACAUAAGCGCGACGUCGCCGGUGGCCAGUGGCACUGAUAAGGUGAACCCACCGCCCAAUUCCUGCUCCAGCUCCGGCCCUGCUCCUCCGGAAGCGGCCAGGCGUGCGGAAAUCAAUUUGCAGCCAGAGACAUCGGCCACGGAUGCGCCGACGACGCCGCAGGAUGCUGGCGGUGAUCCAAUAAGCGAGUCGGCCGAGGUGCAGCCAGGACAUGCGCCACAGGCACAGACACAGGCUCAGCAGCACCAACAUCCUGUGACGACCAACUGGAGUCCAACGCCGCGGCGCCCGCGCACUCCGCCGGCGCCCCAGAACUCACCCAUAGGUUUUGGCCAGACGGCAAUUGUUCCACCCGCCUUGGCUCCUCUCCUCCAGCAGCAACAGCAACAACAGCUGCAACAGCAGCAGCAGCAACUGCAGACUAGCAACCUCAAGAGGAGUGCAACAUCGGCCAGGAAUCGCAACAGCUGCAGCAGCAACAAUCGCAUCAUCGAGUGCGAUCUUAUUCCGAGCAAGAAAUCAAAACGGAAGGCGGCCAAAAAGGAAGCUGGCGAGGGCGAGAAUAUGGAGCCUGUGGAGCCCAUCGUUAGGGAACAAAUUAGAGACAUCAAGCCAUUGCCGGGUUUUCUCCAGGCUUUCGGCUCCACCGAAAUUGGACGAUUUUCCGAGAGAUUCCUGCAGACGCCAGAGUCUCUAGUGGAGCGAUUGGCUGAGGAAUAUGCCGCCAGUUCGGCCAGCAAUUUCCCAACAUCUCAUCCAACGGGAGGAGGGUACAUGGAAUCAGCACCGACCACGCCCACACACAGCUACUACGGCCACGAAGAGGGGUCUUAUCUCGGCGGGGAUUAUGGCCGUAACGGCUAUCCGAGGAAUCGGAUGCGCGGCCACGGCUACGGCUACGAAAUACCGGACUACAUGGCGUAUGAGCGAUAUGCGGCAUACGGAGCCGGAAGGCCACGGGGUCGCUACGGCGAGAUCCGAUGCAAUGGCUACUAGGUCGGAGCAGAUAUGACUUAGGGUUAGUGUUGUUGUAGUCGUGCAUAGUCGUUGUCAUUCGAUAUUCUCUGUGUGUGCCUUUUUCGGUCAAAAUUGGACAAUGGAAUCCCCCGAAGCGUUGCUGUUGUUGUUGGGGGCCUUGUUCGGCAACGAGUGCGUUCAAAAUUUACCACAAGAAAACCAAAAAUAAGAAAACAUAAGCCAAAGUAUUGUUAGCAAGCAGCCAUCUACGUGUAAAUGAAUAAUCAAUUAAGUAGUUCAAUGUAUUUUUAAAUCGAAGCCGUGUUUUAGUUCGACUUAGCAGGACGCGAGUCGAGAUCCUGUCCCACUGUACAUACAAAUGCAUUUCGUAUAUGUAAAAAUCUAGAUAUAGUCAAGCUACUUGGGCAGUUGGUAAAGGGAUCUAAACGUUUUCGAGGUCACAAUUUUCUCGAUUUCUACACACACUCAAAAUUGUUUACAGCACCGUUUCCGAAGUUGGAAGCAUUUUUUAAAGAAUAGAAAAGAAAGGAUAAGGGGCCCAAAUACUGUAAACGCUCCAAAAAGAAGUAAUGAAAAGAGAAAGUCUUACAUUUAGCAAAAUGAUGUGCCAUUGACAAAAUGUAUCUUUAAUUAAAAACACCAUAAUUUAGGAAUUACGUUUAUGUACAAUACAAGUUAACGAUUAGCUACGGUAAUCUAAAGCCAGAUAGUUAAUGCUAAAGCAAUGCAGUACACUUUAGUCUAGGACACCGAACAUUCACACCACAGAUGCGGACACAGACAUACACUCGAACCACCGCACUAAUUUGUACUUGGCAAAAUUGAUUUACUUUCCAUCGAUCUACUAACAAUUUACUCAUUUCCGAAUUGAUUUCUUUGUCGUACAUUGAGUGCCUUAAUUUACUUGAUUUCCAAUAUAUAUAUAUAUCUGUGCGUGAACAAAUAAAACGUAACGAAUUUGUAUGAUUUACUUGUAGAGAAACAACAAAGUUCAGGUUUCAAAUGGGCCCAACAAAAUUUCAAAUGCAAAAUCGAACAAAUCAAUGAAGACAAAGAGACAACCGAAAAACCAAACACAUCGAGCGACAUUCAAAAAUGUUUAAUAAUAGCGAUAAACAAAACAAAAACUAGGUAAUACGUGUAAAGAAAAUACUCACCCAAAACGAAAAAUCAAGCAAAACAAGAAGCAAAGCCUUUUAGAUGUCUUCAACCAAAAAUAAAGGAACAACCAACCAACCGAGGACGAACGGGGCAGAGUUACAAUAUAAUAAACAAAGUAUUUAGUAUAAUUAAGUCCGUGUGUAAAUAAAUACAUUUAAAAGUUUGAAUUUUACGAAAUAAAUCACACAAAACUAUUAGCAAAGGA